ACUGGAAUGGUACUGCAGCUUGUCAUACGGACAACGUGUGCGAAAUUUACCAGAGUUGAUUUAAUAUGGACCUUUCUUUUUCGGUGUUGAUAACGGGUGGAUGUGGAUAUUUUGGUUACCGAUUAGCGUGCACCCUCCAGGAAAAAGGGGCCAGGGUUACUCUGCUUGACACCGCUCUACCCGUGCAAGACCUGCCAAAGAAUGUUAUAUUUUUGCAAGGUGAUGUGAGAGACUAUGCACAAGUCGAGAGAGCUGUCACAAAUGUGGAUUGUGUGUUUCACAUUGCUUCCUAUGGCAUGUCAGGCAGAGAACAACUUAAUUGGCAGUUAAUUGAAGCUGUGAAUGUCCAAGGCACACAAAAUGUCCUAAAGGCUUGUGUUGAGCAUGGUGUCUCUAGACUAGUGUACACUAGUACAUUCAAUGUGGUGUUUGGUGGCCAAGAAAUAGAGAAUGGAGAUGAAAGUCUUCCUUAUCUUCCUCUCCACCUUCAUCCAGACCACUACUCCAGAACCAAGUCCCUGGCAGAAAUGGCUGUAUUAAAAGCCAAUGGGACAGUGCUACAAGAUGGUUCUGGGGUGUUAAGAACAUGCGCAUUAAGAUCCGCUGGCAUUUACGGUCCUGGGGAGCAGAGGCACUUACCAAGGGUUGUAAGUUACAUUGAGAAGGGGAUUUUCAGGUUUGUUUACGGGAAACCUAACAGCCUCGUGGAGUUUGUGCAUGUGGAUAACUUGGUGUUAGCACAUAUACUGGCCGCUGAGGCUCUGUCUGCAGAAAAACACCAUCUUUCAGCUGGUAAAGCCUACUUUAUUUCUGAUGGCCAACCUGUCAACAAUUUUGAAUUUUUUCGACCACUCGUUGAGGGAUUAGGAUACUCUUUUCCAAAACUGCGUUUGCCAGUGACUCUGAUUUAUUACAUUGCAUUUCUUAUAGAGAUGAUUCAUUAUGUGAUUGGCCCUUUCUAUAACUUCCAACCCCUUCUGACCCGUACAGAAGUGUACAAAACCGGUGUGACACAUUACUUUAGCAUGGCCAAGGCUAUGUCAGAAUUGGGAUAUAAGCCGCACAAAUAUGACCUUGAUGAAGUUGUCCAUUGGUUCAAAAGUCGAGGCCAUGGGAGAAAGGUGCAAAGCUCUGGAUUUGGUCAAUUUAUGCUAAAUGUGUUAUUCGUUACUGCAUUUGCUGCUAUAAUACUGUCUUUUCUUCCGGUAGCUGGUAGUUGAUGAAUUGUAUUUAACUUUUUUAAUUUGAUAAACAAGAUAAAUC